GACAUCAGACCCUCUUACCAGGGGGCCAUCUGCUACAAAACUGAAACCCACCCACUCCAGCUGUAUACACAUAUCAAACACACAUCCAAAGCUAUCUAAACCUCCACCCAUACACACACACUUUCAGAGCUCAGUCAGCAACACAGGAGUGUAGUGUCGGAGGGUGCAAGCACCAACACACCUACACUCACUCACACACACACACACAGACACACACACACACACACAAAUUCUUACUCUCACACAGAGCAGAAUGGACGUCUGGCUACUCUGUCUCAUCUCUCAAGUAUUUUUGAGUCUUACAACAGUAGUGAGAGCACAGUCAACAGUAUAUAACCUGCUGACGUCACCGGACUGCCUGCCAGACCUGCUGCAUGGGGGAUUGCGGGAGCAGGGGGUCAAGGAGCUCUUCAUACUCACCACCUUCCAGCUCCAGCCGAAGGGCGGCAGCAACAUCUUUAGCCUCUACAACCCACAAGACAACAGCAAGUACUUCGAGUUCACGGUGCUGGCCAAGCUCAAUAAAGCAACGCUGCGGUACCUCCGCAAUGACGGCCGAAUGAGCACCGUGUCCUUUAAUAACCUGCGUCUGGCAGACGACAUGCGCCAUCAGCUUCUCUUCCACUUGAAGGGGCUGCCAGGUCCCGACCAGGGCAUUCCUGGCGUGGACCUUCAUGUGGACUGCAGGCUGGUGGAAACCAUCACAGAUCUGCCGGUGGUGUUUACAGGACUGCCUCUUCAGCGCGGCGUGCAACUCAAGACUCUGCAGCCCAAAGCACAGGAGUCACUGGAGGAGCUGAAGCUAGCAUUUGGAGACUCGCUAGCGAAUGUGCAGUCGCUGCAGGAUUGCCACUCUCAGCAGAUGGACUCCAUCCAGACACUGGGAGUCAAUACGAAGCAACUAACGAGUCAGAUGUUGGAUCUUACUAAAGUAAUAAACGAGCUGAAAGACAUCCUUAUUCAACAGGUCAAGGAGACAUCCUUUUUAAGAAACACAAUCUCGGAGUGUCAAGCUUGCGGACUGGGUGGGAAUGAUUUUGACAAGCCGCGGUGCGCCCCAGGAGUGUGUUUCCGUGACAACGGAUGUGUGGUGACAGACAACGGGGUGGAGUGUGGGCCGUGUCCGGACGGCUACACAGGAGACGGCUUCAGCUGUGACGAUGUAGAUGAGUGUCAGUUUAAUCCCUGCUUCCCAGGAGUGAAGUGUGUGAACACAGUCCCGGGUUACCGCUGCGAGGUGUGUCCCCUGGGCUUUACCGGCCAAUCGGUGGAGGGAGUGGGCGCGGCUUUUGCAAAGGCUCACAAACAGGUCUGCAAUGAUGUGGAUGAGUGUAAAAGUCCAGAUAACGGAGGCUGCACAGCCAACUCAGACUGCGUCAACACUAUGGGAUCAUACCAGUGUGCGGGAUGUAAACCAGGCUUUCAGGGCGAUCAGAAGAAGGGCUGUCGGCCAGAGCGCAGCUGUGGCAACCGCCUGCAGAAUCCCUGCCAUGAACAUGCCUCAUGUUUUGAGGAGAGAGAUGGAACCAUCACCUGCACGUGUGGUAUUGGCUGGGCAGGCAAUGGCUACCUGUGUGGAAAGGACACUGAUAUUGACGGCUACCCAGAUGAGAAGCUACGCUGUAAUGACGUAUCCUGUAAAAAGGACAACUGCAUGUAUGUUCCAAAUUCUGGUCAAGAGGACGCAGACUCAGACAGCCAUGGAGACGCCUGUGAUGAAGAUGCUGACGGAGAUGGUAUACUCAAUGACCAGGAUAACUGUUGGUUGAAGCCUAACGUGAACCAGCGCAACAGUGAUAAGGACAGCCAUGGCGAUGCCUGUGAUAACUGUCUGAUGGUGGUGAACCCUGACCAGCGUGACACGGACUUAGAUGGCCUGGGAGAUGCAUGCGAUGAUGACAUGGAUGGAGAUGGCUUAAAGAACUUCCUGGAUAACUGCCAGCGUCUGAAGAACCCUGAUCAGCGUGACAGAGAUGCUGAUGGAGUUGGAGACGCUUGUGACAGCUGUCCUGACAUACCUAAUCCCAACCAGUCGGACAUUGACAAUGACCUUGUUGGUGAUUCAUGUGACACAAAUCAAGACAGUGAUGGGGAUGGUCACCAGGACAACAAUGACAACUGUCCAUUAGUGAUGAACAGCUCUCAGCUGGACACAGACAAAGACGGCCUCGGGGAUGAGUGUGAUGAUGAUGACGAUAAUGACAACAUUCCAGAUUUCCUGUCGCCUGGACCAGACAACUGCAGGCUGGUGCCCAAUCCAGACCAGAUAGACGACAACAAUGAUGGAGUGGGCGAUGUCUGUGAGUCUGAUUUUGACCAGGAUAAAAUAAUCGAUCGGAUCGAUAGCUGCCCAGAGAAUGCUGAGAUCACACUGACAGACUUCAGAGCCUUCCAGACCGUAGUUCUGGACCCUGAGGGAGACGCGCAGAUCGAUCCCAACUGGGUGGUUCUGAAUCAGGGUAUGGAGAUCGUUCAGACCAUGAACAGUGAUCCUGGCCUGGCUGUGGGUUACACCGCAUUCAGUGGCGUGGACUUCGAAGGAACCUUCCACGUAAACACAGUGACCGAUGAUGACUACGCUGGCUUCAUCUUUGGGUACCAGGACUCGUCCAGCUUCUACGUGGUGAUGUGGAAACAGACAGAACAAACCUACUGGCAGGCCACACCCUUCAGAGCCGUGGCUGAACCUGGAAUCCAGCUGAAGGCAGUGAAGUCUAAAUCUGGUCCAGGAGAGCACCUGAGGAACUCUCUGUGGCACACAGGAGACACCAAUGACCAGGUCCGUCUCCUCUGGAAAGAUCCGCGUAAUGUCGGCUGGAAGGACAAAGUCUCCUACCGCUGGUACCUCCAGCACAGACCGCAAGUGGGCUAUAUCCGUGCGCGUUUCUACGAGGGCACUGAGCUGGUCGCAGACUCGGGUGUCAUGAUUGACACCACAAUGCGAGGAGGACGCCUGGGCGUGUUCUGCUUCUCACAGGAGAACAUCAUCUGGUCCAACCUCAGAUACCGCUGCAAUGACACCAUCCCAGAAGAUUUCCAAGCAUUCAGUGGUCGGCAUAUUCCUCGUUAAGGUGCAGGAGUGGGUGUAUGCCCUCUGACAGAGUGUGUGUGUGUGUGUGUGUGUGUGUGUGUGUGUGUGUGUGUGUG